AUGGAGAAAGAAUUCACGACAAUUUCGUUUCAAAAUAAUCCAGAUAUCUCAGAUAUUCCAAAUGACAAGGUCCGAGGGGAUCCGCAGAACAUCCGUUGGUCAGGAAUCAAAAUUCGAAAGAUGAAUAAUCAAAGGCGAAUCGAUUCUCAGUCAGAAACAAUCGAAUCGUUAAGGGAUCGUAUCGAUGAAUUGGAGAUCGAUUCUUUCAUUCAAAAUCAAAAUAUUAAAAAACUUCAACAGGAUUUUAACAAGUUGAAGAUUAAGGAUAUAAUUAACAAGGGUAAAUGUGAUGUCAAAGGUCAUGAGAAACUUGUAAACGACAAUGGAUCUAUUGGAUCUGCAACAUCUCCCUUGCAGAUCAGCUCAACCUAUUCAGAAGAUCAAGGAUCGAUUCCAAAACUUGUUCAUCAAAUUCAACAAUCCAUUACGCGAGAGAAUAUCAGUUUAAGAAAUCUCCGAUAUUUAAAGCAUCACUUUUCAAUCAAUCAUUUGGUUCGAUAUACAAAAUCGGAUGAUUUUAAUUCUUUAAGUGAAAGAAUUAAAAGGUUGAUAAAUCUUCUCAUCUAUGAAAGUUUGUCAGAAGAAUUUCAACGAAAGGAUGUAACGCUCUCACAAAAGUUAAACGAAUAUAUCGAAAGAGGUGUAAUUCCAGCAUUACCAAAAGGAUAUAAUAGUUAUAAACAAUACAGUGAGAGUAUCUUGUUCAAGAAAUUGAAUAAAAUCCUAAAAGAGAGGAUUACAAAAUUAAUUCAAAUAGAAAAAAAAUUGACCACCGGAAAGAAUGAAAAAUUUUAG